GGGCACAGCAUGGUGACUCUGUCCCUCUUGUCCCUCUCUCUGCUCUCCUUGUUGGGGGUCAAAGGGGAAGUGGCUCCAAAUUUCGACAACUGCAAAGGUUCUUUCUUCAAAAAUACACCAGUGUCGGGUCUGAAUAUAGCUCUCCCCACUCCGGUCGAGCCCAACACACAGGGGUUAAAGAAUCCUGCGCAAUGUCUCUCUGCUUACAAUGCUACCUCUCCUGCAUACAUCUGUCAGAGAAACGGUAACCACUAUUACUUUGCCACUCUGUAUGACCGAGCCAGGAGGAUCCCUCUGUACUCUGCCUAUGAAAUGGAUAUCAAAGGGGACCCCAACAGACCGGGGGAAAUAGUUUAUUAUGAACCGCAGGUUUGCAUUUUAAAUGUUUAUUAUCACCUUUUCAAUGUCAUAUAAAUGCAGUGCAGAAGCCAUUUAAUGUGACUUGCACAACUACAGAAUGACGCAACACCUUAGUGUACUAUUUGCAGUAGAACAGGACAUUAGCUGUAGAGCAGAUUCGAAAACGAUUGUGUUUAUGCAAUAAGCACUAGAAUGUACUAUUUCAUACAUUGUAAUUUCAGACUAACUACCAGUGGCCUAGAAUGCCAGUAAUAUAAUAUUGGGUUGUAUAAAGCUUGAAGUGGAGUGGCUAAUUUAUAAAUAUUUGUAUUUUUCAGCUUGUGCAUCCUGGCCUAACACCAAAUCAAAUGAAUAUUAAAGGAUCCAAAAGUGAGAUCAAGAAAUACAACCAAAACAAUGGCUGCAAUGAAAGCUCUACACAAUACCAACAGAAAUACAAGCUGGGCUGGAGUCAGGCUCUCGAUGACAACUUUGGCAAGUACGACCGCGGGCACCUCAACGCCGCAGGACACCAUGGUAAUCGAGAUGCUGCCGAAGCCACUAUGACCCAUACCAACGUAGCUCCGCAAGACAGGAAGAUGAACACCGGGCCAUGGCAAGAGUACGAGAAGAAGCUGAAGAAUGUUUUGAGUGUAGGCUGUAGUAAGAUGUAUGUGGUGACAGGGGUGGUCCCAAGCGGCACGUGGGUAGACCAGAACCAGCGAGUCAAUGUUCCGAGUCACUACUGGAAUGCCUACUGCUGCACCGACAACAACGGCAAACCUCUCAAGUCUGGAGGUGCCUUGGGUCCUAACACAGCUCAGGAUGGUGUUACAGAGUAUAAUACGUCUGUUACAGCCCUUGAGACUGUGCUUAGAGGGCUACUGAGUGUUGGCAACAAUUUCAACAUUUUUAAUGGCUGUUAG